CGACCGGACGGCAAAUCGCGCGACGUGGACGUAUUCGCGGCCAGCAGCGGCGGGGCGACAUUCGACAAGGCCGACGAGUGACAAGUCGACGCCAGUCGACGCCGGGGAUCGCGGGAGAGUCUACGAGAGGCGCGCGUCGACGACGUUCACACUUUCAGCAGCCAGCUGGUUUCCUCGCUGGCGAGCCGUCGCGGUCGACUCCCGUUCCCUCUUGUUUCAUCCACCCAUCGACCGACCGAUCAGGACCACGCGGUAUGGCCACACUCCUACACCGUGCACCCUCCUGCCGCGCGCGAUCCGGAUCUCCGCGUCUCUGACGGCCGGCAUGCCGCACGUCGGGACGGCGGAUUGACGUCGAUGACGGGACGAGGACCAGAUUCAGGCCUGUAGGAUCAGCGUGAUUCCAAGAUGCUGCCACUGUCGCACAGUCCGCGCGACUCGCGUUCCAACUUCCGCAGGAGGAUCAAGGAGAGGCUGCUGAGCUGGAAGAGCCUCCUUUUCUCCGACCAGAACAUCCGUAACUUGUUUCUGUUCCUGAUUCUCAACCUGUCCUUCGCCUUCGUCGAGCUGCUGUACGGGAUAUGGACCAACAGCCUCGGUCUGAUCUCCGACAGUUUCCACAUGUUUUUCGACUGCACGGGCCUGCUGUUCGGUUUAGCGGCGUCCGUCAUCACCAGGUGGCGGGCGAACGACAGAUACUCAUAUGGAUACGUUAGAGCCGAGGUGCUGGGCGGCUUCGUCAACGGACUGCUCCUGUUGUUCAUAGCCCUGUUCAUCAUGUCGGAGGCGGUGGAGCGUGCCAUCGAGCCGCCGGAGAUCAAGCACGAGAGGCUCUUCGUGGUCUCCGUGAUGGGGUUGAUAGUGAAUUUAGUAGGAAUAUGUGCAUUUAAACACGGACACGGCCAUGGGCACGGUGGCCACGGUCAUAGCCACAGUCACAGUCACAGUCACGGCGGGAGGGGACACCACGACCACUCUCACUCCCAGAAUCAUGACUACUCGCCGCUCCUGAAUCACAACUACGAUCACCACGUCGAGGUGGAAACGUCCUUCAGUGGUACGAACUCGCAAAUCAUGAAGGGCGUAUUCCUGCACAUACUCGCGGACACCCUCGGCUCCGUGGGGGUGAUCAUAUCGGCGGUGCUGAUGCAGAUGUUCGGCUGGAUGAUCGCCGAUCCGAUUUGCUCCAUGCUCAUAGCAGUAUUGAUAGUUUUAAGUGUAGCCUCGUUGAUAAAGGAGUCGUGGGAGGUACUUAUGCAGCGGCAGCCGGUGGCGCUGGACCACGUUCUGCCGCAGUGCUACAACAAGGUGACGCAGAUACCCGGCGUAUACAGCGUGCAGGACCCGCACUUCUGGACCCUGUGCUCGGACGUGUACGUCGGAUGUAUGAAGCUGGAGGUGGCCAGGGAAGUGGAUCCCAAAUCCGUCGUGAUGACGACGCAAAAGAUUUUCCAGGCGGCGGGCGUUAGGCAGCUCACGGUCCAGCUCGACUACGCUCCCAUGUGAUCCACGAAAGGCGUCGCGGAGCGCUCUUACGAGUGUAACGGAAGUACGUCUAUCUGCAGGCUCUGUUACGAGGAGACGGGGAACGCGGCGAUGCCGCAGCAGAAUGUCUUCGCUACGUCAAAAGUCUGUGAUUGUGCGCAUUGGAAUGGCAAUCAGUAUCAUCUUGGACUGCAAACCGUUUGAGGAUCGUGCAUGCCUUAGGAGACGAGCUACUGACGCGGGACGAUUGGAAAAAAAAGUAAUUCCUAAGAAUUUCCAAGUGAAUCAAAUUGUAUGACUUAAACCCGAUUUCUAAAACGCGAUGUACGAUAAAAGAUGUAUCUCUCAUCUUGGUAUUAGACACUAAGAUACAACGGUACAGUUACAUUCUCUUCUCCGGAACAGAUGUUCUCACUGUUCAUCUUUUAUAUAAAUACUUUACCUCUGUCGAAAGCGAAGGCCCAUCGCCGUUCGCAUGAGCCUUGAUUUGUAAUUUUUCAUUGUUGCGAGUGAGCAUUUCGAAUCCAGGUUUAAUUUAGCUGUAUCGUAAUGUAAGAGUAGCAUUACUUAGAUUUUUUUAUUUUUGCAAUGAUGCCUUAAGGUGCGUUUGUACGAAUGCUUUUUAACAAGACUUCCGCGAGCAAAAGUGAGUCUGUAUCUUUAAAAUGAUUUGUAUAACAAUUGAUGGAGACAAUUAUCGUUUCUACAUAAAAUUUAAUUGCCGUAACUUUGUGGAAUGGUAUCAUAUAGAUGUUGGAGCAACGCAAGCGGCCAUAACAAUAUCCUGGGGACAUAGCUUUAGAGAGCUAGUCAUAUCUGUGCAAGAAGUAACGAAAGUACAGAGUAAGUAACACGCAUAACGCGAAAGAGUACUUUUACACGAGAAUAUAUCCCAUCAUUUUUAUACCAUGAUUCAAAAGAGAGAUUGCUAUUUGUAUUUUUCCGUCCAUGCUAAGUAUUACCUUCCUUGUUACUGUAACUACUCAGAAACACAACUUAGCAUGCAUGAAACAACUUGUUGAGUAACCGUACUGGUUAUGUAUGCACAAUCUGUUGGACGAAUUUGUGUAAUAUUAUUUGUAUAUAAUUUAUAAUUAUGUUAUCAGGCUAAUUGCCGAUUUGUAGUCAAAUAAAUGGAAUAUUGCAAGUUAACGAGACGUGAAAGGUCGAAGCUUGCGAAAGUAUCUAUGGCAGGUGGGAGAAUUUCAAAAAUUUCUUUUCUCUGAAAAAUACAUUUCCUCUUUGAUUUGAUCUUUUGCAGAACGCUUACUUCCUAAAUGCAACGUAAACUUUUUGGAUCUCUUGAUCGAGAAAUCAAUAUUUCUCCCUAAAACUUAGCGAUUAGAUAAUAGGCGACUGAAACACACAGAUUUAGUAACGAUUUCAUCGAUAAUUUCCAUGAUAAUAGCUACGAUGUGAAAUAAAGAUAAAGGGAUCAAUAGGGGGAACGACUUUUGCAUUCCUACGAGGUAAAUAGAUCAAUAGGGAACGAUUUUGCAUUCUACGCGUGUAUCAUAUUAAUACGUAUUAUAUAUUAAUUUAAUAAAUAUGUAUGUGUUAUAAUAAAUAUUAAUAUAUACACGAGUAUUGAGAUGUCAAAGUAUUGAUUCCGAUUGUGAUAACGCAGGCCAAAAUUUGUACAAUUGUGUUUGAAUAAUAAGGAUAUCGCAG